UGAUUGCCUAUAACUGAUACCAAACCUGGGAAUGAUAAUUAGUUAGAUUUUCAGUAUGAAAUGAAUGGUAUGCUGAAAAAUAAUGGAGUCAGCAAUAUUAGAUCAAAAAGAAAUUCUCGAAGGAAAUGGUGCUAACCGUACGAAGGAUUUAAAGAAGAGAGUGAAAAAAUAUGUUGUGGAAUAUUGCGAGGUUUCAACAAUAAAUGGUUUGUCUCAUCUUAUACGUCAAAAUCCCGUGACUGUGAGACUGUGGUGGCUGGUCAUCUUCAUUUUAUGUGUGAGUGGCAGUGUGAUAAUGAUCUUCCAGAUAUGUGACAAAUGGUCCACCACGCCAGUUCUGGUUUCGUUGGCAACUAAUGAAAAAUCGAUUUCGGAAAUUCCUUUUCCAGCCGUCACCAUUUGUCCUGAAUCGAGAAUUUCGACGAAGUGCGUCAACUACACCAAGAUACUCCUAGCAAGGCAAAACGGAGAUCUAUCAAAUACAACAUUCGAAGAAAACAAAUACUACGAUUAUUUAGCUCUGCUGUGUAGAGCUGAAAAUCACGUUAAAAAUCUUCAGCUCAUUAAUAGGACUAGGUCAGAGCUGUUCAAAGAACCGCUUCCAGAGGGAGAAGAGGAUAUGUAUCCUUCAGAUUUCAGGAUGAACGAUUUCACAGAUUUUCUUAUGGAUUGUGCAUCUAUCAAACUGAAUGAUUCCUUUUGUCAAUGGAUGGGAGUCAAUCAACCUUGUGAGGAUCUAAUGACACCAAUUUUAACAGACGAAGGGCUCUGUUAUUCGUUCAACAUGUUCGAUGUAAGAGAAAUCUUUAGUGAUGUAAAUCAAAUGAAGUACUUUGGAGGUAGAUCGGAAAAGAAGGCUAACUGGGAUCCUGACUGGGGUUAUCCAAACUUUGUAUCGGAUGACGACUAUCCUAGAAGAACAUUCUUGAAUGGUGCAAAGAAUGCUUUCGUUGCAGUUUUUCUUACUAGGAAGGAUCAGAUUGAUUAUGCCUGUAGGGACUUUUCUCUUCAAGGGAUGAGGGUGUCUUUCAACAUCCCAACUCGUAUUCCUAGACCAAGUCAAGUUUUUUUCUCCGUAGGAUUGAACAGUUUAACUACCGCAGCUGUAAAUCCAUUUCUGACAUCAGUGAGAGAAACUAUAAAAAAUUACGAGGCACAUGAAAGGAACUGCUUCUUUAGCAAUGAGAGAAAAUUGAAAUAUUUCAAAAUUUACUCGCAAGGAAACUGCAACUUGGAAUGUUUGACGAAUUACACAAUACAUUAUUGUGGCUGUGUGCACUAUUAUAUGCCCAGAGAUAAUCAAACAAGAAUUUGCAGCUUGCAAGAGAGGCAAUGUCUAGUGGAAGCCAGAGUCACUUAUCCCCAAGCUGUCCUGUCUGAACGUUUAUGGGCGAGGUCAGAAAAAGAACCGAGAUUUCGAAUGAAUUGUGAUUGUCUUCCAGUAUGUACCGAUCUGGUUUAUGAGGCAGAAAUAACCACUGGUGAAUGGGAUUUCAAUAAUCCCGAUGAAGCUGCUUUCGAUGCUCAAAAAGAUUAUAUAGAUCAGUAAGUGGAAUAAAGACAUAUAAA